AUGGCAGUUUUGUGCAAGCGUUAUGUGGUCCUGAUGAUAGUUCAGGGAGCACUAUGUAUCCGUGACUCCAUACCAGAUCAAGCCAAACCUCUGAGAUCCCGCUAUUACGAAAUGGAUGCAGAAAAGCUCAGAGAUUUGUGGCAUAAUGCGAUGAUUCGUGGACUCAUAAAGGCUCAUGCCAAAGAGCUGUUAUCAUCACUUCCCCGUAUAGAACAGAUAGUCUAUCAACAAUGUGAGAAAGAUGCCAGAACUACCGUCGCCCUAGCCAAAUGUGCCAUACGAGUGUUUGACGCUCGCGAUAACUUCAGGGAAACAGAAGCACCUCUUAAUAUUAAAAAGCCAGUUUUGCUGCGGACUUUCACUGCUCGAAGAAGAUCAGAUUCCAACGUUAACCCGCUUGGAGUUGUGACUUUUAAUGCAAGCUCCCAAGUAAAGAAGAAUAAAUUUUUCUUCAAGUAUUCUACUUAUUCAUCAAGAAGCAAACUACUCAACCCUAUAAGGGCCCAAACUCGGAGGCGCGGAGCUCUGCUGACGCUUACCAAUGAGGUAGUUGAAGAACGGGAAAAAGGAGUGAAGAAGGAACAAACCAUGAGGAUAUCAAAGUUAAAGAAAAGGACAAAGAGAGCUCACAGAGAUGAAGUAAACGUCGGGACAUCUCCAAAUCUGAGGAGAGUUGCUUUGAAAUAUGUCGGCAACGUACUCGUGCUCUUCCUCGGCUAUUCACUGUUACGACGUCGCGAACCUGUGACAUCCUCGCAUCCUCCCAACAACGAGCCGUUGGAGCAGGACGCUGAGAGACAGCUGGUUCUGGCGCGAGUCAAGUUUGACACACGUGAUCCACGUAUCCCGUCACAUCUGGAAAAUCUACGACUCAUAAGGGAUCAUUUCGAUAGGGUUGAAAAGAUCAACAAGUACUUCAAGCAUAUGAAUGAACUAAAUAGAGGACUGUUUGAGAGCGCGGCUCUCGGCAUCGACAGCCGUGCUCCGAAAAUAGUUAAUAACGCCGUGCCUGCCAUCGAACAGGUCCUUGCGAUUGUUAACGCUUUUUCGAUUAUCACAACAAAUCAGAGAUACCAAGAGCUCAUGGUGGAUAUAGUUAUGGACAUUAGUGGUGCCGGAAGUGUCUUACAAAAGCUUGUGGCUGACAUGAGGCCGGAGAUUGAAGAUAUAAAGAAUGUCAAACUUCCACUUGUUGAACAGCUUUCUAAGAAAGAUGCCGAAUGGAUGCAGGCUCGCACCACUUUCAACGAUUACCAGUCGAAGCAGUACAAUGAAAAAGGUUAUGCUUUCCUUACCGAAGAACAGCUCAAUCUUGUUUACAGCAAAGAUGAGCAAAAUUUAUAUGGAAUAAACACUACAAAUCUUGGAAUGAUGUCUGAGCGGGAAAGGGUGCAACGAUUAGAAAAGGAUAUUCGAGCAAUGGCAGCCUUGGAUCGACCAAAAUGGCCAAUGUGGGACAGUGGAAGUGGAGGUCACGAAGAGCGUAUCAACGGAGUUUUAUAUGAGACACUCCGGCCAUAUGCGUUUACAACUCUGGUUGGGCAAGGUGGCGUCAUGGAAGCGGUCACCCUAUCUCCUCAUGCUUUUGUAACUGAACUGGCUUAUCCAGAAGCGCUGAUGCUGCAAACACUUUCUCCGCGAGCAUUUGUUGCAACUAUUCUCUCACCGGCAGCACUCAUCGCCAGGAUUCUCUCACCUACUGCUCUAAGGGCUGAAGUUCUGUCACCAAGAGCUUUGCACGCGUGGGUUCUCAGUCCAGAAGCGCUGGUGAGUCUUACUGCAGUUGCUGAAGUUUUGUCUCCGCGAUUCCUUGAUCCUCGUGUUCUCUCGCCAGAAGCACUAGUGAUUGAUGUUUUGAGUCCAGGUAAGUUUUUUUGUAAUACACUUCAAUUGCCAACUGAAAUUAAUAUUUACCUUAACUUGAUUCUUCAGAUACUCUCUCCUCACAUUCUUGGUGGUCCCCACACCCAUGAAGAAGAAAGUCACGAAGUUGUCGAGAUUGGUGCUCACAGUCCCACUCGUGACAGUACAGAGUUAGAGCAUGAGGAACAUGAAUCAAUACAUAGGGGGCAUAGCCGCGAGGAGGGAGAAGAAGGGGAACGGAGUGAAGAAAGCUCUGAGUAG